AUGCACAGGCUGAUAGUGCUGCUACUGCUGCUGGCACUGCAAAUAGCGCGCCAUCGUGCGGCCGGAAAUGUUCUAUUCCGACAAUUUCUCAUUACAGCGGUGGAACGUAACUGCAUCGUGCCGCUGAAACCGGACUGGUCCUACUCAUCCCCGCUGAUAUUCACACAGAACGGUGUACUGAUCUCACCCGAAAGCGACAGCCAGCUCAUGGAGAUUACACUGGCCACCGGUGAUGAGGUGGUACUCUCCUGCUCACCCAACUAUUUCCGUGAAUUUUCCUCCGAAAAGGUGCUGUGGGCCCGAUGUAAGAAGGAUACAACGUUUGUGGUGAACGGUAUGGAUAAGAACUUCGUGUCGGCAUUGGCAUGUAAGGAGCGUCCGAUCGAGGAGAUCAUUGUGGCGGUGCGUGGAUGUCCGGCAACGUUGCGCUCGAUAGAGUACGGGUUCACCAAUCCGGUCACGAACAAAUCCUACAUCCUCGGCGAGGCGUGCUACGACGUAAAGCUCGGUCGCACUCACUUCAUCCACACCAAGGUAAAGUCCGGCACCAACAGCAUCGAACAGCUGGCACUCAAAGUAAAGGACAACGCGACUUACUUCCACGGCUAUCAUCCGACGCAACGGUACAAGGUUGACCUUAGCAAAGCGCUCAACAUAAACGACCAGGCGGAACGUUUCCGGCCCGUGUUUGGGGUGAAGAAUGCACCCAAGAUCGAGUCCCGCCGGUACAUCAACGAAGCGCUGCUCACCCACCGACAGUAUCUUUCAGUAUUAAAGAUGGCCUGGAACUACCAGAUCGUGAAGGAUCGCGAUCUGCUGCUGAACCUCGACCGGUUGCUGCAGGACAUCCGCGCGCUCGAGGUGUCCGAGGUGGAGAUAUACACCGGGGCGCACGGCGUCAUGACGCUACAGGACAAACACAAUCAGAGCGCGGAGGUGUACCUGGUGCGAGAGAAUCGCUUCCCGGUGCCAAGACUACACUGGACGGUGGUGCGCUCGCUGGAGCGGGCCGUCGCGUUUGCCGUCUUUGGCAAAUCGCCACAGACCGAGCAGGAGCAGGAGAGGCGAAGCUUCUGCGCGAACCUGUGCGAGCAGAUCUCAUGGCUGAAGAAGCUCCACGAAAACGAUGCGUGGCAGGAUGGCCGAGCCGGGUACGUACUUUGCUGUGAGCUGGAAGAUUUCCGCCGCACGGUGAAGGAGAUGCCACCGAUCAGUGGCGUCAAGGCGGUACUCGUUUAACGUCCCCACACGGUUGGUUCGGUUGGUAGCCCACCCGACCACAGCCAACAAGGCGGCUUAGUUCAAAAGACUCGCACUCGUCAUCUGCCCAGGAGAGGGGACACCUUGCUCACGCAAAAGAUCGUAGCCAUAAUACAUCGGGACGGAAGCAGUGAGUUUUGGCCGAUCGGAUAGGCUAGGAAUUGGCUACGCUCGGAACUGCUACAACUAUUGCUCUAUGGCUGCUGCUAGUACUUCCACAGCUACCACAACUACUACUACUUCUUCUGAAGUCUCUCCGGCCCGGCUCGAAGCCGGUGUCGGCAUUGUGAUUUUAAUUCAUUUUUUUUGUGUGUAAUGUUUUAAAUUAAAACUUUAGCUGUUAGAAUGUAGUAUUUUUAUGAAAACAACCAACAACAACAAAAAAAAAAAGUCCAAACACAUGAACA